AUGAGCAAGCAAAAGCCUAGGGCUUCUGAGCCUGCUCGCCCUUCAUCCACAUCUUCGUCCGGCUCAAAGCGGAAGCCAACGCCGUCUCGCAACGUUAGCCAGCCGACUUCCACCAAAGCCCAAAACUCUUCGGUGCCCAAGUUCUAUGACGGCCCUACUGUUCCUUCGAGCAAGGGAACCCAGGUGCAGGCGGUCGCGACUCCCGCGGCCUCCAGGAAGCCCGACUCGAAGAAGCAGACGGUGAAGCGCAAGGGCACGUCCAUCUUUGGCUUCAUCGCCCUCGUUCCCUUCAUCAUCUCCCUCUCGUUACUCUCGACCGUUCUGUGCCCUCCCCCGAGCUCGAAGCCUUCAGUGUUCUCAACGUUCGCCCUUGGCUCGCUCGGCUUUGGCCAAUCCAACCCCCCCUCGACCCUUCACCAGACCCUCUGUUACCCGGCCAACGUUUACCACAAGGAGGUCCUCGAGCCCUACGUUCUCCCCGUCCUUCACGAUGCCUCGGCCAAGAUUGAGGCGCACCCCGUCUUCCAGCAGCAGGUCAAGCCCGCACUCAAGGCAUACGAGGACGCCUGCCUUCGCCUUUGGAACGGCCCCGUCAAGCCCGUUGUUGACCGCAUCGGCCGCGGUGCCCGCAAGUUCCACCUCACCUACGUCCAGCCUCGCCUUCCAUAUAUUGAGGCCAAGUUUACCGAGUUGACCGCUCCCAUUAUUCUGCGUGUCAAGGCACUCUACAACCAGCACGCCGCCCACCACGUCAACGCUGCCAAGAAGCAUGCCUGCACUGCCGCCAAGCAGGGCAAGGCCGCUUACCGUCAGGUUGCGGGCCACCCUCUGACUGCCCAGGCUGGCAAGCACGCUCAGACCGCGUUCAAGCUGGGCAAGGAGCACUCCCACAAGGCGUACAAGUUUAGCCGCCCCCACGUCAUCAACGCGUACAACGUCGGAUCGCACCACGCCCAGCACACUGUCCUUCCCCGUGUUCUCCAGGCCCUCGAGCACCUCUGGCAGCAGAUUGUCCGCCUCUUUGGCGUGGCUAACGGCCACGCCCACGAGCUCUACAAGAUCCACCUUGCCGAGCACGUCGACCCUUACCUCCACAAGGCUCAGGACACUCUCCAGCCUUACCGCAUUGCCUUCCACCGCAAUGUCUACAGGCCCUACAUUGCCCCUAUUGUUGUCUCGUUUCUGCCUCCUGUCCAGCAGCCUCCCAAGUCGUUCUGGGCUCACAUUUCGGACAAGUUGCCCUCGAUGGGCAACGCUGCUGAGAACCGCGGCCAGAAGGUGUUUGCCGACAAGCCCAAGUCUGACAAGCCCAAGGCCGAGAAGCCCAAGGCCGAGAAGCCCAAGGCUGAGAAGCCCAAGGCUGAGAAGCCCAAGGCUGAGAAGCCCAAGGCUGAGAAGCCCAAGGCUGAGAAGCCCAAGGCCGAGAAGCCCAAGGCCGAGAAGCCCAAGGCCGAGAAGCCCAAGGUCGAGGCCAAGGUCCACCAGGCCAAGCCCCAGGAGGCUGCCCCCGAGCCCACUCCUGCCGAGAUCAAGACCACCAAUGUCAAGGAGUCCCGGACUGACGAGCCCAAGUCGGCCGAGCCCAAGGUUGACAGCACCACUGUCGACAUUCCUGCCGACGUUGGCGAGCCCCAGACUGCCACUCACGCUACCACCUCGGUUUCCGCCUCGACUUUGGCGUCGGCGUCGGCUGCCACUGAGCCCGAGGCCCAGCACGUUGAUGCCAAGGCCGAUGUCCUCGCCUCGCUUGAGUCUCUGAAGAAGAAGGUCAACUUCCAGGGCAUGGCUGGCUUUGGGCGUGUGCAGGCUGCUGCCAUCAAGCAGUUUGACUACUACACUGGUCUCCUCCCCGAGGUCGAGAAGAUUGGCUCGGAGAACAUGGAGCGUGACAUUCAGCGCAUGCUCUCUGGUCUCGACCGUCUCUACACCUCGUCCAAGACCCUGACCCGCGCCCAGGUCGAGGAGUCGAUCCGGAUGUCCGAGGACAAGGUUGCCAAGAUGUACAACCAGGUCCGUGCCGGUGUCCAGCACAAGCGCAAGCAGGUCGACGAGCGUGUCGAGCCCGCCAUCAAGCAGGCUGAGAAUGAGCUCCAGAAGCUUCUCGGUGCCGACUACGAGGCCAUUGGCAAGCGUAUGUCCAUUGUCGAUGGCAUUUCGUCCAAGGACUGGUCGGCCUACAAGGGUCUCAAGAAUGACGUUGCCACCUGGGUUGCCAAGUACGCGGCCGUUUCAGAGAAGCCUUCCGGUACCCAGCUCAAGGACAGCAUCAACAAGGCCCAGAGCCUGAUGUCCGAGGUUCUCGUUGCGUUUGACGACCGCUUUGAGGGCUUCCGCACACACCAGCUCAAGCUCAAGAAGCUCGCUCUUGAGCGUAUCUCUGCUCGCGAGGCCAGCGAGGCUGAGGCUGCUUCCAAGCCCAAGUCUGCCGAGCCUAAGCGUGUUAGCAUUCUCCCUGUGCCCGACAACGCUGCGAAUGCCGGCGGUGAGGCCCAGGCGCCGUUCAUUGGCAAGAGCCAGCAGCAGGUCGAGGACGCGCUCAAGCAGCAAAAGGUGGCUGCCAAGGACGAGCUUUAG